ACUCAGCGCGACGGCGCGCGGGUGGUGACGUCGUCAGGGCGCGACGGCGCCGUGUGUGUCGCGUAGCAGCGGGGACGCAGCGGCGGAGCGAUGGCGGAGGCGGCGGAGCAGCCCCGGCAUGAGGCCCCGGUUGAGGCCGGCGCCGAGGAGGCAGUGAAGAUCAUUUGCCUGGGCGACAGCGCCGUGGGCAAGUCCAAGCUGCUCGAGAGGUUCCUGCUGGACGGGUUCCGCCCUCAGCAGCUCUCCACCUUCGCCUUGACGCUGUACCGACACCAAGCGCGAGUGGACGGGAAGGCGGUGCUCGUGGAUUUCUGGGACACAGCUGGACAAGAGAGGUUCCAGAGCAUGCAUGCCUCCUAUUACCACAAAGCUCACGCUUGUAUCAUGGUGUUUGAUGUGCAGCGGAAAGUCACCUACAGGAACCUGAACAACUGGUACAAGGAGCUGAGAGAAUUUCGCCCUGAGAUCCCUUGCAUUGUGGUGGCCAAUAAAAUUGAUGCGGAUAUGAAGAUGACCCAGAAAAGCUUCAGCUUUGCCCGGAAGUUCAGUUUGCCCUUUUACUUUGUGUCUGCUGCAGAUGGCACCAAUGUAGUGAAGCUCUUCAAUGAUGCCAUCAAGCUGGCGGUUACUUACAAACAGAAUUCAGGAGAUUUCAUGGAUGAGGUCAUGCAAGAACUGGAGAGCUUUGACCUGGAGAAGACGAGUGAGAAUGUGUCGGAUCAAGAGGAGAGCUGCCCUGAAGAAAAGCCCCCAUCCUCCUAAGGACCGCACUUGGAGUCCAUCUUUUCUCUCUGCUCCAGUUGUCAGGGGCUACAGGAGUUCACCUCCACAGGGGAAAGCGAUUUUUCUCGUGCCCUGAGAUCUCUGGUGAUGGGGAGACUGGGCACCAUCUCCCUUGGCUGGGCCCUGACUCCCUGUGCCUCGCAGUCGAGGCAGCAGCGCGAGUAUCCGCGUGCUUCUUUGAGACAAAGCUUGCUGGGAGAGCUGAGCCACUCGUGUACCUGCAGGGAAGGGUUUUGCCCAGAGACUUUAAUGGUACCUUCCACAGAAAAUAGUUACUAAAGACUUUUUUUUAAUUAAAAGAAAAAAGGUUGGAGUCUUUUUGCAGUUUUGUUACGAGGCAGUUGAGUUGCUGCACAACGCGAGUCCAACCACCAGCCCUUCCUUUCACAGCCCAGCCUCUGUGCACCCCUGUGAGUUUCUUUGCACCUCCUUUGUAGGGUUCCUUUGAGUUUCCCUUCUCCAUUCUGCCGUGGGCCAGACAGAUCCAGUAGACCUCUAGACAUAAGGAACUGGUCCUUGUAGGUCCUCUGGAGCUUCGUGGUGUGGUCUCGUAUCCACAAGGCAUCUCCCAGCCCAGGCUGAUGGAUGUGGCUGCUGCUGUUCCCACAUGGUGACGUGCUGUGUGUCCCAGGUGCAGACAGACACACACCAGGACUCUGAUGCGGAUGGCAAAACACAUCAACAUGGACAGAGUGCUGCCCUUGCAUGAACAUGUGACCGUGAAUCCCUCUCCAGUUACUGGGACUGGUGGUCAGCAGCGACAAAUAGAUGCAGCU